UCUUUUAAAUCUUCAGAUGAUGAAGAGUUAAAGCAAUGCUUCCUUGACUGAGCAUCAAGUUGGAUUGUUUCCAAGAUCGGUAAAGCUCUUUUUUUCUUACAUGUAAGAAAGCUGCUCUAGUUAAAUUUGUUGCAUCAACUGAAGAUACUUCGAUUUUGUUAGUAUCCAAAAUUCUGAUUCAGGCAGCAGCUACUCAUGCAUCAGCUCAAAAUUGCUUUUGUUAUGUACUUAAAAUACUGAGUAUAUAUAAUGUACUCAGAAAUUUUGUCAAUCAGUCACUUGAAGACCUACCAGAAGUUAAAGGACCAUAUUCCUCCACGUGGCAAUACAUCCUCCAAAACUUAUCUAUCCAAACUCCCAUAAAACAAAAAAAAAAAAAAAAUAAUAGCAAAUGAUUCAUCAAUAUUGCCAGAUAGGUGCUGGAUUUAUCCAUCAACCCAAAAAUCAAAGUAGUCAGAGUAUGAGUUUAAGUAUGAGUAUGAGUAUGAGUAUGAGUAUGAGCAUGAUUAGAGCAUCAACAACAUCAUCAGUAAGUGGCACUAAAAUCCCAAGAUUCCCAACAAUGCAAGAAAUAAUUGAAACUUCAAAAGGCAGAAAUCUGGAUUUAAAGCUGCAAAAAGUGGGACCCUUUUUCAGAAUUACAGCAAAAAGCUUGGAGACAAAUAAAGAGUUAGGAAGAGCUGAAGGACUGAUAAGGGUCUGGUUUGAUGGCAAAAUUCUGCACUUGGAUUCCAUUAGAUUGAAUAGAGAGACUUUGAGUAUGCAGAAAUCUAUUUUUGGUGUUGGAUUGUUCCUUGGUGCUCUUGCUGUUAGGCAUGGUUUCGAUUCUGGUUGCGCCACUGCUCAGUUGCUGGCUAUCAAUGACACUGAUCUUUACCAUUCAAAGCUGGUAAGGUUUUAUAGUAGAAUGGGAUUCAAGGUUGUGCAUGAAGUGGAUGGCUCGUCAAUUGGAGAUCUUGCACACAUGCUAGUCUGGGGAGGCAAAGGAACAAAAAUGAAUGCUGAUAUUAAAGAUCUUCUUACGAAAUGGUGCACCAUAUUCAAACCAAGAGAUUCAAGGGCAGAAAGACAAGAAGCAUGAAAAAUAACACAAUUAAACAUAUGAUUUGAA